UCGUACAAGAAAAGACAGGACUGGAAUAUUGUUCCUCUGAAGACUGGGUAGAAGUAGAUUUAUUUCGGUUUUUCCAUGUUACAUUUAACUUGUUACUUAUUUUUCUUUUCAGAAGACGUCUAAAUAUUUCAGUCGAGUCACACUCUUAAUCAAACAAGACGGGUAGCGUUAGGUUUUUAAAGGACCAGUUACAAGUUUUCUUUUAAAUGUGUCAGGAAAGUCCACAAGAAUGAAGUCUGAUAUUCCAUAUGAAAAAAUGGCUGAUGUGGAGUGGAACAAAGCAGAGGCCCAUCAGAAACAUCUGAAGUAUCACAGGUGUCUGAUAAUCAUCACCUGUCUCACCACUGUGCUGCUCAUGGUCUUUGUCCUCCAAACUCUUCUGGUUCCUGCUGUUAUGUCAGCAUCCAGACCUCUUAGGCUGCAGGUGCAUCCUUCUGUCAGGGAAACCUGCCUUGAUCCCUGCAGAUUUGUUUUGGUGGAGAGUAUCCCAGUGGGGGUGGAGUUCAAUUCCUCUACUCCUCACCAGUCCAUCUAUGAGACCUGGCUCAGCCUCAUCUCAGAGGCUCAGAGGAGCCUAGAUAUUGCUUCAUUUUACUGGACACUAACCAAUAAAGACACGCAGACACAAGAACCCACAGCCAGUCAGGGUGAGAAGAUACUGCAAGAGCUUGCACAGCUCUCAAGGAAGAUAUCGGUGCGGAUUGCUGUGAGCACUCCUUCAGAAACCCAGCCAAAGGAUGACAUUAAACUUCUUGCUGAUUCUGGUGCAGAAGUGAGGACUGUGAACAUGCGAGAGUUAACGUCUGGUGUGCUACACACUAAAUUCUGGGUGAUUGACAAGAAACACAUUUACAUAGGCAGUGCCAACAUGGACUGGAGAUCUUUAACACAGGUGAAAGAGCUAGGGGCAGUUGUGUAUAACUGCAGCUGCUUGGCCAGUGACAUAGGGAAAAUCUUUGAAGCCUAUUGGUUCCUAGCGCAGAGUAAAACUGUCCCCUCCCCCUGGCCUAGCCAAUACACUACACUCUACAACAAGGACACACCCAUGCAACUGUUACUCAACGGAACUGACUCCAGGGUCUACCUCUCGAGCUCUCCUCCAUCUCUCUGUGCUGAUGGGAGGACCUCAGAUCUGCAAGCUAUACUGAGUAUCAUCAGAGAUGCCCAGCAGUUUGUCUACAUAGCUGUUAUGAACUACCUGCCCACCAUGGAGUUUUCAUCUCCAAAAAGGUACUGGGCUGCCAUUGACACGGAGCUGAGGCGUGUGGCAUAUGAGCGGACAGUUCGUGUGCGUCUGCUCAUCAGCUGCUGGAACAGCAGCUCGCCGUUCAUGUUUCCCUUCCUGCGCUCACUCGCCUCCGUGCAGGACUCCAGGAGCAAGCUGGAUAUCCAGGUGAAAAUCUUCCUUGUGCCUGCCAGCCCCAGUCAAAAGGAAAUUCCCUAUGCCCGGGUGAACCAUAACAAGUACAUGGUGACAGACAAAGUUGCUUACAUAGGAACAUCUAACUGGUCUGGGGAUUACUUUGUGAACACAGCUGGCUCUGCGCUGGUGGUGAAUCAGACCUCAGCCCAGUCCACAGGUCCCACUGUGCAGGAACAACUCCAAUCUGUGUUUGAGAGAGAUUGGGAUUCUUCAUAUAGCAUUCAACUCAAUCACAAUACCAACCUCAAAGAUGUAUGUGAGCCACAGGCCACACAGUACUCAGAUCUGUGACCUGGCCAUUCCAAUUUUGUGGACUACCAUCGUGCGAAAUGAAG